AAGUCAUUUCGUGUAGGCAUUCUGCUAGCAUGGCGUGUUGCCUGCCAACACAGCAUCACUACCAAACAACAGAUAUGUCCAUUAUUAAUUUUAAAAACAGUUAUUUACUCAGAAUUGCUCGAAGGGACGCAGUAUUUCCGUUGGAGUUAGUUAACGGUGGCUUUUGAUCCAGAUUAGGGACUCAGAGUUUACCUCAGGUGGUAACUUGACGCGACGACUGUGAGCCGUCAAAACAAAAGCUUCCAACAUUUUGCGUUUUUGUCGACUUUUAAUCACAUUAAAAAUGACUCAGAUCAAAGAGUCCGAAGCGGAACCUCGAUUAUUCGCGUUUACCCGAAUAGCAUCUGCAGUGCUGACACACUUUCUCGGCGUCGUCCUCACAGUCUUCGUAGCGGUUCUGGCCCGACCCGGUACAAGUUGGUUUUCUUGGCAUCCUUUCCUCAUGACACUAGCUUUCUCCCUCUUCAUGACCCAAGCCAUCCUCCUCUUCUCCCCCCACGGCUCACCCAUGAGGAGGUUCUCCCACAAGGUCAAGGGUCGCGUUCACUGGCUCCUACAGUGCGCCUGCAUCCUGUGCGCUGCGCUGGGCCUGGCCGCUAUCUUGUACAACAAACACCUGCAAGGCAAACCUCACUUCACCUCCUGGCACGGCCUGCUGGGCCUGCUGACGUUGGGUGCGGUGGGGGUCCAGGCUGUGGCCGCCUUGCCCCUGGCGUACCACUCCCUGGCCAAAGGCUGGUCGUUGGCCAAGUUGAAGAGGUAUCACGCAGCAUCCGGGCUGGUCACGUACUUGCUGGGCGCCGUCAGCCUGCUAAUGGGGAUGACUUCUGUGUGGUUCACGGCGUCUGUCAGCCAUGCUGCCUGGUACCUGGCGGCAGUCUGCCCCGUGCUCUGUGGUCUCAUCGUCAUGAAUCAAGUCACCAGCGCGUAUGUGGCCAGAAAACGCUCAGUGUCAUAACAGCAUCUGAACACUUUUUCUUCUUGAUUGUAAUAAAAACAAGACUUUUUUAAUGCAGGAAAAAAAAAUUCUGCAUACUGGAACAAGCAGGUGCUCCUUUUAUAUAAACAAUCUUUGAUUGUUGUCGCCUCUGCUGAAGGUGACUGAUUAUACUAUUUUUCACCAAUUUAAUACUCAAAGGUCCCACAAUUGUGUAUUGGAAGCGUGUUGUCCAAAAUGUACUUCAGCUUUUAUUAAAAA